CUUGGCGUGUCCCGGGUCCCAGUUCUAGUAGUGGGUUUGAUUGCUCGCGAUCGUGGGUUUUGCAAUUUUGUUGUCGUUGUUUCGCAUAUCUCGAGCGAACGAUGCCAGCUGUCGAUGUAAACGGUCUUCCUGCGUUGGAAGUGCGACCUUACCGUGUUCUUAUCACUGGCUUUGGUCCGUUCUCUCGCUAUGCGAUCAAUCCAUCAUGGCUGGCCGUCAAGCCACUUCACAAUACCAUUUUACACAUCGAUCUGCCUACUGAACCCAUUACAGUCGAUGAUCAAACCCCCAUGCCCGAAGAAAACAGCUUUAUCCAGGACGUACGCGACAUCCAUCUAACGACACUCCAAGUCCCCGUAACCUAUGAAGGUGUUCUCGCAAUUGUCCCUGGGCUACACGCGCGGCCACCUGUCCUCCCUUCUUCUACAGAUCCUGACCUACCAGACAUCAUACCGCCACCAGAUGGAUUCGAUCUCAUCUUUCACGUAGGUGUUGCUGGGAGAGGACCACUGCGAAUGGAGAGGGUUGGCCAUAAGUUUGGUUACAACAUGAAGGAUGCCACUGGUUGUCUUGCACCAAUCGUACGCGUGACGCGUGACGAAAGCUCCAAUCCCAACCGCGGACAAUCAGAACCCUCGGAGAUGGAGAGGAUGGAAAGAGCACGUUUAAUUGAAUACGACAUUGACGCACCUGUUGAUGGCACAGAACCACCUAAGCGUGGAUUUGGAAAGGGAUACGAGUCGUUUCCUGAAGAGAUCUUCACAGAAAUUGAUGUCGAGAAGCUUGUGCAUCACCUCAAAAAGUCGGGUAUCGAGCAAAUAUAUUCGUCCCUGGACGCAGGACAUUACCUUUGCGACUUCAUAUAUUAUUGCUCACUAGCCGAGAGCAAACGGGCAAGCGGAAAAGCCGAUAAGUCGACUACUAAGGUCCUUUUCCUACAUUGUCCACCUGUUGACCAGCCGUUGAGCACAGAAGAGGUAACAGAAGCCAUUAAGCAGUCUGUGAUCUGGUUAUAUGGGGCUUCAAAGUGCACGCUUUCAUCUACUUAAUUGACAUGGGACUUUGGAGUAAGAGCAGAUACCAUACACGAUCUCUACAGUCCGUUAGAAUCUGACAUAGAAAAUGAUUAGAGUCGUGGUUCACACUGGAGACAAAGACCCAAAUGUUAAGGCCUGCCCCCAAAUCUAGUUUGCAUUACAACUGUAGAGAAACUGAAACUGAAGAUUAAGAUU